AUGGCUCCUGAGCUGGUGCAAAUCACUCCCGAUCCUACGUUCGACGACGCCCCAUGGUAUCGCUGGUGGGUGCUGCAGCAGGUCCGCAACCAGCCGCAACGCCUACUGCUCAGUCUGCCAGACAUCGAGCCCGACAAGGAUCCAAAUUUCGUCACUUACUUUCUCGUCUGGGACCAUAUCCGGCAACUCAUUAGGGCCCCGGGACCCAAAAGCAUCGAUGGCAUGACUGAUACGCUCACCAACCUCGGCAUCAUUGCCAUUAAUGACAACAACGAGGCCGCUCAGUCGGCCAAAGACCUUGUUUUUGCCACUCUCGGCUGGCAGACAAUGCUCUACAAACCCGACUUUGCUUCGUGUUCGGCGGGAGGAUAUAGCAUUCUUGACGAAAUGGAUGGGUUUAACGGGGGAGCGCGGCUCAACCUCAACCAGUUUGCUUCAUCGAGCAACCGAAACUUGCCCGACUUUCUACUAGGGUUUGGCAUGAUGCUGCCACCACGAAACUACUGCUCCUUCCAUGGCGCUGACGACCAGGCCCUCUUCAAUCGGGCCAAAACAGUCAUCUCCAAGGAACUGGAUGCCUAUAUAUUGAGCAAGGUAUGCGGCCUCACGUUUCAAUGGAUCGACUCUCUCUCUUGCCAUCUCGAACUGGACACACGCUCCGCAUGA